AUGUACCGUCCUGAAUCCUCCUUGAUGGUCAUUCUCACGGACAAUACCAAAGCAACCAACUUGAACACCAAAAGAUCCAUCAACGAGGUCGAUGCGACACGUGAUCUCCAGAAGCGAGAUACCCUACCUUAUGGUAGGUUUCAAUGCGAUGAGGAUGAGGAUUACAUCAUGUUUGGAGACCUUUCACUCGUGUAUUCAAUGGCAGAGUUUCCUAUCGCUUGGCCUGAUGUGCCCAAGCUGAUUACGGGAUAUGAUGGCGCUAUUCUCCCCAGCAAUAUGCCCAUGGCUUUGGAGGCCUCAUCGCAUCCGACUGCAAAAGGGUGUCCAACCCCCUGUGACCGUUGGAUAGGUCGCAAUCAUUCUGGUCUCCACCCUUUUAUACAGAUAUGUGAGCAUACGUUGUUUGGCAUUGUUGCUGUCUGA